CUGAGGCUGUCAAGCCUGGCUAACUGGGAUGGACCUUGUGGGAUCGCUGCUAGUGAACAUGUCUCACUUGGUUGACACCUCGGGGCUCCAGUUCUUUGGCUGGCUCAUCACCGCCGGCUCCGUCGGCCUCGCAGCUCUUAUCUACGCCCUCCUCAGGCUACAGAGGGCGGCGUCGCUCUACUGGAUCAAGGCGGCCGCCAGGGAGAAGAAGGCGGCGUGGAAGGCCUUGAGGUGCCCCAGCUCCAGCCACACCUGGACCGAGGACUACUUCCGCGGUGGCCACCCUUCGACGUGCUGCGUGUGCCUGUCGUCCCUGAGUAGCACUCAGGGUGUCGGCUCUCGGGGUGCUGAUGCUGUUGUGGUCCACCGGUGCUCGGUUUGUGGGGUGGCAGCCCAUUCGGGCUGCUCGCGGCGUGCUGAGAAGGACUGCAAGUGUGUUUCACAGCACGGUGCUUCCACUUUGCUGCAUCACUGGUCGGAGAGGUGGGUGGAGGUGGAUGACAACCCAGAGAUGUCCUCUUUCUGCUACUACUGCGAUGAGCCAUGUGGUGUGCCAUUUCUUGGUGUCUCUCCUAUAUGGCGCUGCCUGUGGUGCCAGCGGCAGAUCCAUGUUGAUUGUCAUGCAAAGCUGUUAAAGGAGACUGGGAAUACUUGUGAUCUAGGCCUUCUUAGGAGGCUCAUUGUCCCUCCUCUAUCAGUGAAGGAGGUUGGCCAAGGACCAGCAAUCACUGGAAUGUUCAACUCAAUCAAGGAAGGUCUCGUCACUUCAUCAGUUAGGGGGAGGAUCAAGAGGCGAGGCAACAAGAAACGCAUAAACAACCAACCUGGUGGUAAAACAAGUGUGGUUCCCACAAACAGCUCAAUCCUUGAUUCUGUACUGGAAGGGUUUGCUAGACUGCAGAACUUGGAUGGAAAGUAUGCGCUGACAAACCAUAAGUUUACUGAGAAUUCUCUCAAGCAAACACAUGGAUAUGGCAGUCCUAAUGGAGGGAAAAAGAAGUAUGAAAUUGUUGAUUUGCCACAAGAUUCAAGGCCACUGCUUGUUUUCAUCAAUGGCAAGAGUGGAGGACGGAGUGGGCCUUCUCUUAGAAGAAGACUCAACAUGUUGCUAAAUCCUAUCCAGAUAUUUGAGCUAAGUGCUUCUCAGGGACCUGAAGUCGGAUUACAAUUAUUCCACAAUGUAAAACACUUCAGAAUCCUUGUUUGUGGUGGAGAUGGGACUGUUGCAUGGGUUCUUGAUGCUAUUGAAAAGCAGAACUAUGAAUCUCCUCCCCCUGUUGCCAUUCUUCCAUUAGGAACAGGAAAUGACCUAUCCCGUGUUAUGCGCUGGGGUGGAGGUCUGUCUUCUGUUGAAGGACAAGGGGGAAUAUGUGCACUUCUAAAUGAUGUUGACCAUGCAGCAGUUACAGUGCUGGAUCGCUGGAAUGUUGCCAUCAAAGAGAAGAAUGGAGCAGAAGAUCAAUGCACCAAGCAAGUUAAAUUUAUGACUAAUUAUAUAGGCGUCGGAUGUGAUGCCAAGGUUGCAUAUGACUUCCACACUACUAGAGAAGAAAGACCAGAUAAAUUCUGCAGUCAGUUUGUCAACAAGCUGAUAUAUGCUAGAGAAGGCGCUAAGGAUAUCAUGGAUAGGUCAUGUUCUGAUUUACCGUGGCAUGUUAGCCUUGAAGUUGAUGGAAAGAACAUUGAAAUUCCAGAGGAUGCAGAAGGUGUGAUUGUUCUGAAUAUACCUAGCUACAUGGGCGGUGUUGAUCUUUGGCAAAAUGACAAUGAACAUGAUGAUGAUUUUGGUUUGCAAUCCGUGCAUGACAAAAUGCUCGAGGUUGUCUGUAUUUCUGGGAUGUGGCAUCUAGGAAAACUGCAGGUGGGACUCUCUAGAGCACACAGGCUAGCCCAAGGGAAAGUUAUAAGAUUGCACCUCCACAGUUCAUUCCCUGUUCAGGUUGAUGGCGAGCCAUGGAUCCAGCCACCUGGGUGCCUUGAGAUAUCUCAUCGUGGGCAGAUGUUCAUGUUGAGGAGGACAUCUGAAGAGCCCACUGGGCAUGCCGCUGCUAUCAUGAGUGAGGUUCUUGUGAAUGCAGAGUGCAAUGGUGUGAUCGAUGCUGCUCAGAAGAGAUUACUCCUCCACGAGAUUGCACUACGUUUAUCCUCCUGACAGUCCAACGGCAGUCCUUCCCUCCAUCUCUUACACCAAUACCAUACUAAUGCUGAUACCGAAUCCACUCCCUUUUGUGUUGAGAAGUCCUGCACAGAUGAGAAAGGCAUACGGUAGAUGUUGACGUAUACAUAUAGGAAAUAGGAGAUUUCCUCUGUUCAUGAUGGACGUAUACAUAGAUUACCUUUUUCACGUUAGGUAAGCUUCUUUGUUUACUGGGGUCUUCUGAGGUGCCAGAUGAAGUGGCCAUCAAGGUGAGAGAAUACCAGUUUACAGAGAGAUUUUGUAGUGCGUAGAACACUGUUACUGCACAUAGGGCUCAAUGAGAGUUGUAAGGUGUAUCUAGGGUGUAUCGGUGGCCUAUACAAAAGGUAUAAUGUAAGUUUAAUCCCUCAAAAUUUUGACAGUAAGACUGGAUUGUUCUUGUGGCGGCAUAGAUUCUUCUAAAUGCUGUCGUGACUGCUUAUUGUGCUCUUCCUAGUAGAAUAUUCUAGAUUGCUACAGUUUACACUUGUACGGUGUCUUACUGUCUGUGAUCUUAACUGUAACUCUCAUGCUAUCUGGUGAUGGAAAUUGUUAUUCUAUUCUCUCCUAUAUAAGCCCUUUGC